AUGUAAGAAGAUUAUAAGAGAGAAUUAGAAAAUUAUACUUAAUUAUGGAAAGUCUAUACUAGAAAUUCUUUGGAAUAGGAUUUUAGAAACUCUCUCUAUUCAACAUUAGCUUUGGUGUUUGUACCUUCCCUAGUGAAUGUGUACUAUAUCUUCAGAUAAAGUGUCUUGAAAAAUGCAGUUAGAUUUGGCAGUGUAAUCUCUUGUCUAAUGAUUUUCCAUUACAAUCUAAACAAGGACUUUGAGAGAUUUGUUCAGAAGGACUCAAAAGAGAGCAAUCUUGCAAGACUAUAUAUGUAAAAUAUUAGUAAGACUAAUGUCAUUUUUCCGUAUUUCGGAAAAGAAACCAUGGAGAUUAUUAAAUAGAGAGAAGAGGGUAAAAAAUAGUAAUGA